AAUCAUCUUGAAACCAUCUUCUCCUGAAUUAGAAAAUAGGGAAGGGUGGGGAACGAUUAUGCAGUUGACAGCCGUAGCUGUUAACAGAUCUGAAGUUGUAAUUGAAUUAGAGGAGACGAGCGGUGGGAGCGGAGGGAGGAGGGGCAUUGCGCGGAGCUGCUGACAGGUAGAUGAGCUGUGCGCUGUCCGCGGUGCUGAAACCUCCUCCAGCUGCACCCACACCGGAGAUUCCCCCACCUCAGGUUAGACCUGAGCUCCGAUCAUCUCCGCCGGCUCAAGCUCUCCACAAUCUCACCUCAGUUUCUCAAAUAAUAGAACAAUAAAAACGGAGGGGAAAAAAAAUCCAAGUUGUGAUCUUCGGUGGUGCCUUUUUCUUAUCGCGGGCUGGAUCUUAAGAUGGCACUGCACGGAUUAACAUUGCGCAAGGCAAAAGCGGACUUAUUUGACUGCUGUUUUGUGACUGUGAAAGCAACCCUUUCAGACUGAACGCCUCUCUCGUCUUUCUCCAUUUUUUUUUUGGGGCUUUUUUUUUUUUUUUUAGUUUGUUUCUACUGGACACAUGCUUUUCGCUGAAGAGAAAUAGGCGCCUUAUUUCUGGAUUAAUAUCUUAACAAUAUGCUUUUUAAUGCUGCACUUAUAUUUGUUAUAGUAUUGUAGAAAUUGUUUUCAGAAGAUAAUUUGGAUAUGGAGCCAGGAAAGGAGAAAGCUCUCCCCACCAGUAAAGAGGGGAUGAAACAAAUGGCAGGAAAGGCCCUCGGGGCUCUGUACAGGAGACUCGAAAAGCGGCAGCAAACAGGUGAAGCGAUCGAGCUGACGGAGGAUGGGAGACCGCGAGCGGACGAGGAGCGGAAGACGCCCCUGUGUGACUGCACGUGCUUCGGGCUGCCGCGCAGAUACAUCAUCGCUAUGCUGAGCGGGCUCGGCUUCUGCAUUUCCUUCGGGAUCCGGUGUAACUUGGGUGUGGCCAUCGUCAGCAUGGUCAAUAACAGCACAAUCCACCAAAACGGCAAGAUAAUCAUCAAAGAGAAAGCGAAAUUCAACUGGGACCCGGAGACUGUGGGGAUGAUUCACGGUUCCUUCUUCUGGGGCUACAUAGUUACUCAGAUUCCAGGAGGGUACAUCUCCUCCAGGCUGGCUGCAAACAGAGUUUUUGGUGCUGCCAUCGUGCUGACAUCUACCCUGAACAUGUUCAUUCCCUCUGCCGCUCGGGUCCACUACGGAUGUGUCAUCUUUGUGAGGAUAUUACAAGGGUUGGUGGAGGGAGUGACUUACCCGGCCUGCCACGGGAUCUGGAGUAAAUGGGCUCCGCCGCUGGAAAGAAGUCGUCUGGCAACCAUCUCGUUUUGUGGAUCAUACGCCGGCGCAGUGAUCGCCAUGCCUCUGGCUGGGAUCCUGGUCCAGUAUACUGGAUGGUCCUCUGUCUUCUAUGUGUAUGGAUCCUUUGGGAUAUUUUGGUACAUGUUCUGGAUUUUGGUGUCCUAUGAAAGCCCGGCAGAACAUCCAACAAUCACCGAGGAGGAGCGCCGUUACAUCGAGGAGAGCAUUGGCGAAAGUGCCCAGCUCAUGGGCGCGAUGGAGAAAUUCAAGACUCCCUGGAGGAAAUUCUUCUCUUCUAUGCCUGUCUAUGCAAUCAUUGUGGCCAACUUCUGCAGAAGCUGGACCUUUUAUCUGCUUCUCAUCAGUCAGCCUGCAUACUUUGAAGAAGUUUUUGGCUUUGAGAUCAGCAAGGUUGGAAUCCUGUCAGCUCUCCCUCACUUGGUCAUGACCAUCAUCGUGCCUUUAGGAGGUCAGCUAGCAGACUACCUGCGAACCCACAACAUCAUGUCCACCACUACGGUCCGCAAAAUCAUGAACUGUGGAGGCUUUGGCAUGGAGGCUACUCUUUUACUAGUGGUUGGUUAUUCCCACAGUAAGGGGGUGGCCAUCUCUUUCUUAGUUCUGGCGGUGGGAUUUAGCGGUUUUGCAAUAUCAGGUUUCAACGUGAACCAUCUAGACAUCGCCCCUCGCUAUGCCAGCAUCCUCAUGGGCAUUUCCAAUGGCGUGGGAACACUGUCAGGGAUGGUCUGCCCUCUUAUAGUGGGAGCAAUGACAAAAAACAAGACUCGUGAAGAGUGGCAGUAUGUCUUCCUCAUUGCUUCUCUCGUGCAUUACGGAGGCGUGAUAUUUUACGGGCUCUUCGCAUCGGGGGAGAAACAGCCAUGGGCUGACCCUGAAGAAACCAGCGAAGAGAAGUGCGGUUUUAUAGAUGAGGACGAGCUGGCAGAGGAGACGGGCGACAUCACCCAGGGAUACGGUGCGAUGGGAGGUCCGGCUAAAAGCUACGGGGCCACGGGGCAGCUGAACGGAGGCUGGGUGCAGGACUGGGAUAAAACGGAGGAAUACGUACAGGAGCCAGCGGGAAAGAUGUACACCCAGCGCGGCUACUCUUAAACCAGACAGUUGUGGUGAGUCUGCCCACGAAAACAGACUCAUCAUCGCCAGUUGCACAAGCAUUAUAUUAGAUGUUUAAAUCCAUUCUGUAUGUUAAAGUAAAAGAAGAUUCAAAAGCCACUGUAAAGAAGUAGUUAAUUGCAAUGCAGAACAAUCCUCAUUAGAGCCUCAUGUUUCUCAUCACAUGUACCUACAGUAGGGCUUCACUAUACAGACAGCAGUCGUACUAUUUAGGACCCAAAGCUCAUCAAUCUACUUGAACAAGACAAGCCAGACGAAACUGCAGUCGACCAUCAUGUAGGGUCCUUCUCUGAAAUACUACUCUGAUUGCACUGAAACUAUGAAAGUAUUCUAAAAACAAGAUUCUGUUUCUCAAAUAUGUUUUAUGUACUGUAUAUACCUGCAUACUGUUUCUGUGAGACUAUUGUGAAUUUUGGGUCGUUGAUCUGUGUGAACAUUAAUAUAAAAGGCCAUAUUUUUCAUGGACAGUACCUCUUCAGGGAGACGUCUGCUUGCAAAAAAGGUCUUCUUCUUCUCGAGUGAGGCCUGUAACACAAUAUAAGACAAAAAUAGCGUGAGUGAAGUUGAACCGUAGAGUUUUAGUGUGUGUUUGUUGCAUGACUUUUGCUCAGAUCAAUGUUUCAGACGCGGCCGCCUCACAGCCACCGAUAGUCCUCAUUCAGCCUACUGCUUUGUUCUUAGAUUCAAGCGUCUCCCGCCAUUAUAAAUAAUGAGAUGAAUUUUCGUAAUCAGGUUCCGGUCGUGACGUGAGACAAAUCAAAAAAGUUGUGAAGGCAACUGCUGCUCAGAAAACAUUGACUAUUGAUGUUCGGUGUGCACUGCAAUAAAUUCUGUGUACCAGCUGCCACCCAUUACAUUCUGUUUUGUAACGUGACACUGACUUGCUGUAUCUUAACUGUAAUUGUUUUUGGAGUCAUGUGAUGAUCAACAUUAAGGUGUGUGUUUUAACAAAUUACAAUUAGUGUCUGGAGACCCCAGCUUUAGUGCUCAUGACGCAGGAGGAAUGCACUGCUGUGUAUGAACAACCACGUUUUGUGAUCCCCUGGUGUCCCUUGGUUAUUGUCAUUGUCACCAAAAAGUACUUUAUUGACACAUUGAUAUCGUCGCAUAUGAGUGGACCACAUGGAUUAAUAGAUGGCUCUUCCACCUGACUUUAUUUGCUGUUUAAACACGUUGAUUCAUUUUGCUGUAUGAAAAAUCUGCAAGGAUGUUUAAAAUAUAUGAAUAUUUAAGAAUGUUUAUGAUGACCAAAAGAUGCUAUUAAGGCUUUGUGCCUAAAGAUUAUGUAAACAGAUAAAUGUGAUUUUAUGGCUUCUAAUAUUGUGUUUAAUGAAGAGGUAUGUUGAUGUCAAAAGGUGUUAUAAAAAAAUACUCAUAUCAUUUUAUAAAAAAAAAAAAAAAAGUAAUCAAAAAGGUAAUUUUUUGUCAUUUUUAUCUCGUGUGUAAAUGGGAUGAUACAUUAGUCCUCACUGACUGGAGACAGACUGCCAAAUCGGUUAACCACCAAUUCUCCAAUCACUGCCAAGCAUCUCCUGUUCUCUGCAAGUUUCUCAUUAGUAAAUCAAUGGCACAGGUCUCUGGGGUCUAGGGGAGACCACUGGACCCUGUACCCUGGUAAUUGGUAAGAGGCAAGAGAAACAGCAUUACUAAACUGUUUCAUCCAUGCACACCACCACCAUUUAACGUCUUUGCAGAGACUUCUGAUUUUAAUAAGCUGAUGUGGAGUCAGGUUGGGUCUGUUUCAGAGGAAAAAAGAUCAGGACAAAACAAAAAAAGGAAAGGAAAGGUGAUGACACUUUAAUGUUUGCAAUGUGCGGUCUCAGACACACCCAUUUCCUUCUCUGCACAUUUGAGCUCAACACUGUUCUCUGUAGCACAUUAAGGUAUUGACCCAGCUCCUUCAUUAUGUCCAAUCACAAGACGAAUCAAUAUUGUUUAGCUCUAGAAUUCAUUAGCAUUUUAAGAUAAAAAUGCUCCUGUUUAAAAGAUUUAAACAGGAGAACGCACUGAUGAUUCGCCUCUGUAGUUAUUAAUGCAUUUUUGUUAGAAUAAAAAAAACACUUGUGAAACCUGAAAAGAAAUAUACAGAGCAAUAGUAGUCGUAGUCACUGUUUGCAGCUUUAAGGUUGAAAAAUAUUUACAUUGUUGUCACAAAAUUUACCUGAUAAAACUCAAUAAAAUAAGUAGCUCUGGUAGGGAAAAUUAAAGCAUAAAAACAUAAAGGAAUAAAAAUGUACAAUUACAUUAGAACAAGUGACAUAUUGAUAUCUAUGGAGAUAAUCUGUGUAGAGUUGCUGAAAAAAAUGCAGCAACAGGAGAUUAGAGCAAUCAACUUGUACUAAGAAAAAUGCUCUAAAGAUCAACAGAGCCAACUUUUUAAAAAUAUAAACACUGACUCAUCUUCUCUUUCUCUUAUGAUAAACUGAACAGUAACAGAUUUUUUCUUUUAACUGUUUGCUAAGUAAAGCAAGCAAUAUUGAUAACUGUGGUAAAUAAUUCAUGUACGUCUCCAGCUUAUUGGUGUAUAAGACUAUGAAAAGCACAAAAUAAAAGGAAUGACUGACUCCA